UUACAUGUGAGGAACCACUCGUAUUUAUAAUCGGUAUCAAUUCAUUCAACAAUAGUCAGCAAUAGACCGGUGCUGAUCUCAGAACAACUAAACUUAGAAUUUCGCUUUCAGUUACUUUGACUUAAACCAUUAUGGGUAAACUCAAGGAUUCGUUUAGCCUCACACCUGUGGAACAAAAACACGACAAUAACACAACGAUAGAAAACCAAGAUUCUCUGGUCGAUAAAGUAACAUGGAGGCAUUAUUCAUUUUUCUUUAUUCACUUUUUAGAAGAUAUAUCGUAUGCACUUAGCUUACCCAUAAUGGAUCAAUAUCUUUAUGCCAAAUUAGCUGAAGAGCACAUUGAAAAUACUACGUUAGCCAUUAAUUCAACUUUCAGUCACGGAGGCAACUCCUUAUGCUCAGUGAACAAGGCAUCGCCAGUUUAUUUAUUACAGCAGAAAAUCCAGUCUGAAGCAGCAACAUGGGGACUGUAUUUCAGUUUGAUACAGGGCAUUCCUCAAGCCUUUAUGGUACUUCUUUUGGGAAGUUGGACCGAUAUACUUGGCCGAAAACCGGUCAUUGCUUAUAAUAUGUUAGGUUUUGCUGGAAGAUGUGUCGUCUACAUAGCAGUAAUGCACUGGAAAUUGCCAACAGGCUAUCUUCUUAUAGGAUAUUUUCUAGAAGGGAUUUCUGGAGGUUAUUUCGCUAAUAUUCUUCUAGCGUACGUAUAUACAGUAGAUUUAACUGCAAAGGGACGUCUCCGGGGAACUUUUCUUGUCAUUGUGGGAAACCUGUCUUAUUUAUUCUAUGGUACUAUUAACUUUGCUACAGGUUAUUUACUUCGUGCUUUUGGAUUUUUCUGGCCGACAGUGAGCUCUCUUAUAUUUAAAAUAGUUCUCGUGAUAUUAUUGCUAGUUUUCGCGAAGGAAACAGUGAAAACACGGGGGAAAUGGUCAGAUCUGAAACUUGGCAAAAGUAUGAGACGUGUUUUGAAAUUUUAUCUUAAAACUGACAAGUACCAAAACAAAUAUUCACGGUUGAAAUUUAUUUUGUGCAUUAUCUGUUUCAUAACAUUAAGUCAAAGUUUAUAUGGAAUAUGGACUAUUGAAAGAUUAUACCAAUUCAAUUCACCGUUUUGCUUUGAUUCUAUUAAGCGUGGACAUUAUGUCGGAAUUAUGUCUAUUGUUCAACCGGUUGUCAGUACAAUUGCUUUAAAGAUCUUCCAGCUCUUUCUUCCGGACGAUAUAAUUGGUGUCACCGCAGUUUUCACAUCGAUUGCCCAGAACAUAUUUGUAGCUUUAGCUUCUUCAGAGUGGAUGCUUUAUGCAGCCGGAUUAGUUGGUGCUCCCGGAUUGCUGUCUUUUGCGAUGAUACGGACAAUCGUUUCACAACUUUCGGAUGCUACAGAACAAGGUUCAGUUUUUGCGGGUCUUGGAACAGUAGAAGCUAUUUGUGGAAUGACCAGUUCUUUGAUGUUAAACUCUAUUUAUGCUCACACUUUACUCUGGAUGAAAGGAUUUGUCUUUGUGGUCGUGGCCAUCUGCUGCAUUGCUCCAGCAUCACUUUUACUGGCUCUUCAUUUUGUGAUCAAGAAAGAACAAAAAGAGCAAGGUGAGGUAACUGUCAACACAGUGGAAAUGGAAUGUAAAGAUAGCACACCAAGUACAUCACAGAGCAAUAAUGAGGAUGGAAUGAAACACGGUAAAGUCGAAGAAGAACGAAAGGAGAGUGAAUAUGAUAAAACUACAAAAGGGGAAUACAAUCUUGGAUAUACGAACUAGGAUGAAGGAGUUUUUUAAAUGUCUGCAAAGCUGACCUAUUUUUGUUGUUAUUUAAGCGAACUUUAAAAUCACUCAAUAUGACAAACACAAUAUACCACCUAUAGCAAAAAAGGAAGUAGGUCACUUUAUAUUUUCGUUGAGAUGUUGAUAUGGUGGCUAUGUGUUGUUUUAGACAUUUAAUCUCAUCGUUUGUGCUUCGUUAGCUAUACUUCAUUCCCUUUAGUUUUAGGUAUGGGCAACCAUUUUCGAGAAGCGAGCUAUAUGAGACAUGGCUCAGUUAGAUUCAAGGUAAUUUUUCGUUGGUGUGCCAUUCAGAAGGUCCUGUGGGCCGCAAUUUACCCAUGACUGCUUUAGAUUAUUCACAAAUCAUUUUGAAAAUCCAUCUAAAAACUAUCUAACUAAAGGAUACUAGAAGUAUUUGAAAAAUACACCGAUUGACAUAUGAUGUAAAUAUAUAAAAAAGGUAAACAAAAGGCUAAGAUUAAGUGUUUGAAAAACUCAUGCUAUUUCAGAAGUUUUUAUGUCGUAUACUAUGCAUUUGACACUGACUCAACCCCAAAAAAGGUAAGCAGAGCCCAGGUUUCAAGACGCGAGGAUUGGAAAAGAGAAGAAAUGUUUACCAAAUUCAUCUAUUUAUCUACUAAUUUAAAAUCAAUAUUCUAAAACAACACUCUAUUGAACUUUUUUCUAAAUUAAAUACUAUAUUACGAAGCAAAUUAAGCCGUAAAAAGAGAGAUCGACUUGAGAGUGAAGAUGCAUUAACGCGACAUACCUACACAACUGUACCCCACUUCGACUUUGUUUCUUCACAACUUUCAGAAAAAUGGAUAUUUUAAAAUGAAAUCUACAAAUACCCUUCAGAAGGUGAAGAUUCCUAUUAUAUCGAAAUUUGUGAUGAAAUUAUUUUUCAUAUGGAGUGGGGCGAGGAGUUUAGGAUAAUUCACACGAGUUGACUUUGUCUUCUCAUAACUUUAAGAAAAAUAAGUAAUUUUUUAAAUGAAAUUUUCUUUCAGAUCACGAUUAUAUUGGAAUUUAAUGGGAAAAAAAACAUGGUGGGCACGCACACAUACAUACCGACACAUAUAUAUAUCUAGAAAAUGAGCCUUGUAAUUUCGAACAAAUUAUGUGGUGUAGUUUGUAUUUGUGCACGACCACCAAUUAACUUUUUUUUUUUUCACAUAAAAUUCCAAUAUAAUCGUAAUUUACAUCAUCUGAAAGGUAGUUGUCAAAAAUUGCAUAAAAGAAUAUCCAUCUUUCUGAAAGUUAUCAGGAAACAAAUUCCGGUAGGGGAACAUUUGUGGGUAGGUAUUCUUAUUAAAGCAAUCAACUUCACCUGAUAUUAAAUACAAAAGUUGGCUAUUUUGUCAUUAAAAUAACAUCGAUGCAGUUUUGCUAUUAAUUUUUAUUUGUCUCUUUUUAUUAUAUAAUAAUUAACGAAUAAAUAAAUGAAUAAAUUAUUUAUAAA